GCAGCAUUUAGUAUUCUUUAAACGCUGCUGAGCUCACGGAAGACUGUCGUCGUGGGCGGCGGUCAUGUGACGUCUUGUGGGAUGACGUCACGUUCAGGUGAAGAAGUGUCCUUCGUGAGUCUCAGCAUGUCACCAAAGGAGCCUCUGCUCGGCACUUUGAAAGUGUGUCUCCUCCACCUGCAGUCAGACGGAGCGACGCUGACCGACACCAACCCACAUCUGGCUUCCUGCUGUGAGCUUCUCGAGCUGGUCCUCAGAAAAGGGCUCCAGCAGCCAGUUCUCGGUCUGGUGCACAGAGACUACUGGCAGUGUUUCAAACAUGUGGCCCAGCAUGAUGCCUGUGGCAGGCUGUGCGCUCUGUCUCUGGCAGUGGAACAGACCAGAGUUUGCAGGAAGCUGCUCACUGCUCAGGGUAGGGGGCGCUAUUUGCUGAGAUUGGCCCUCAACCGCAAGCUCCUCCCACAGUUCAUCACACCUGCUGCACACGCCCAAAGUCCUGCAGUGGUACAAUCUGGCAACCUCAAUCCUCAGACACGAAGAAUUUGUUGAACCUUUCAUGUCGCUGCUGUUGGUUCUCUCUCAAAUGGACUUCAAACUGAACAUGGAGAACUGCAGUUUUCUGGAUGAGAGUUGGCUCCUACCGGUGUGUGAGAUGUAUGACGUUGUCCCGUGUCGGGAGGUCGGGAUGGUGUUGAGAUAUCUUAAUGGACGUGUCUUUGUCCUCGACCUGAUGCCUGGUAGUCAAGCUCAAGUGGACAAGUUUAUCUGUACCGGCGACGUUAUUGAUGAAAUCAAUGGGGCGUCACUGAGGAAUUCCAAAAAUGGGCAGGCUGGCGUGGUUCUGUCUCAGCUGAAGGGCUGUCCUCUGUCUAUCCGUGUUCUGCGAUGGAGGGACCAUGAUGGAGUGUAUCGGCCCCUCGUCAAACUACUGCGGGUCCUGAGGAUGGAAAAUCCCACGAUGCACCUCAGUUCUGCUUCUUCCCAUCAUCCAGCCGGCAGGGACCAGCAACCAUCUCUGACACAGUGCCUCAAAGACGGAAGCAGGAUCGUGUACAUUGUGCAGUUCUUGGGAAAAGCAAACAUCGGGCCAUUUGGAGGCAAGGAGGUGUUGCAGCACGCGAUUCCUCAGGUGCUGCAGAAAAACCUACCCAGCAAGGAGGCGCUCUUAGACCUGAAGGAAACACAUCUGACAUGCACAGAAACAAACAGUAAGCUGCUCUUUGAGCAUCAUUACCCAGAGAUCUCCUGUGUUGGCCGCUACGAUCAGCCAGACUACACGAUAUUUGCCUUCUGUGUGGCAGACUCACCAGAAACUCCCCAGACAGGCUUCUGCUGCAUCGCUCUCAAAACAAGUACCAUUAAGGAGUGCAAGGAGAUAGUCUGCUGUAUUGGUGAGACAUCUGAAGUCGUCAGUAUUCACACAUGUAUAAUUUUUGAUGCUCAUCUCUUUUCCCCCCCCCUCCAGCCACCGGGUUUAAGCACAGAGUAGUUUGUAUGAUUAACUGUAAAUGUUAUACACUGUAUCAGUGAUGCUCAACAAUAAACUACACAAGGACUUCUACUGAUAAAGU